GAUCGUCUGGGAUCCAAUCUGAGGACCUUCCUGGAAUCACCUCAUAGACCAUCAUCCAAUCAGAUGUUGGCUGCCCGAUGCGUCAUUGAGCGCCGUGCCUAUAAAUACGACCCUUGCCGCCCUCCAGUCUAUUAGUCUGAUUGGAGCUAUUCAGUAGUCAUGGCGGAGCUGAUUUCCAAGGGCACGGCCAUUUCCAAGAAAGGCUUCAAGAAAGCUGUAACCCAAACCCAGAAGAAGGAAGGAAAGCGCAGGCGAUGCCGCAGGGAGAGCUAUUCCUUUUAUGUCUACAAGGUGCUGAAGCAGGUGCACCCCGCCACCGGCAUCUCGUCCAAGGCCAUGAGCACCAUGAACUCCUUCGUCGGUGACAUUUUCGAGCGCAUCGCGGGCGAGGCGUCGCGCCUGGCGCAUUACAACAAGCACUCGACCAUCACGUCCCGGGAGAUCCAGACGGCCGUGCGCCUGCUGCUGCCCGGGGAGCUGGCCAAGCACGCCGUGUCCGGGGGCACCAAGGCCGUCACCAAGUACACCAGCGCCAAGUAGAACUCCUGCCACUAGGCAAGGUUUAUAAUCCAAAGGCUCUUUUAAGAGCCACCCACAAUUCUGAAGGGACUGUAUAAGCUUAGUUAAUGUGAGUUGGUCUUCCAUCUAGAGAAACUUCGGGUUUUGCCAGCAAAUUGAUUUCACUGCUUGCCAAGUUUACUUUGCUCACCGUAGAACAUGCUUGAAGAAAAUGCUUGAGAAAUAACUUCUCACUAGA